ACGUUCAUAAAUGAUGACGUAAGGUCGCGGCUCGUGGCGAGUCUGGCGAUUCGCGGUACGUGGUAACGGCCUGUCAGUGAACCUCGGACGAAGAUGGGGACGCAGAAGCCCGGAGAAUGGGCGAAUUUGGUGCUCGCGCGUUUCGAGGAUCAGUUGCCGUGUCGUUCCGGUCCCGAAAGUCCUCACUCACGAGUGAACGAGAAGAGGAAUAAGAAAUGUUUGAUAGAGAUCUCUCGGUACCGUUUCUCCCUCGUUAUAUCCGGCCUUACAAAGAUGCUGCAGCGCGUCAACGAGCUGACACCGAGCACAAGCGGUCAGCGACCGUUCCACACCAUGGAUCAGGAUCGGCAAGAAUCCAUCAUCAUCGUCCUGGACACGUUGGAGAAAUGCCUGGCGAACACACCAAAGGACACAACAAAAUUCGAGGAGGCCAUGAACAUAAAACUACUGCUCCGAGAAAUAUGCCAGUUUAUAGGAAUACCAUCAGACAGUCCACAGACGAAAAUGAUUAAGGAUCUAGCGAGCAAAGUGCUGUUUGCUCUAAGUCUAAAUUUCUUCAAUGCGGUCUUCAAUCGGAUAUCAGCCAGACUUCAGGAACUAUCCAAUAGUGGAGAUGAGAAUCCAGAUUGCAGCGAUAUCGAGCUGAUGCAAUAUAUCAAUGUCGACGUUCACAGACUGACUAGACUUCUGAAUGAAACGAUACAGAAAGUCCGGCAACUCAAGAAGUCGGCGCAUCUCGUGCUCAUGAGUUCCCUGGAGAAAGCGAUCUGGAAUUGGAUGGAUACUUAUCCGCAAGAAUUCGCCGAUCUGCAGAAGCAGCCUAAUGAGGAUCUCAGUAAGGCGUGCGAGGAGCUGUUUGACAUUCUCGACACGUUCGUCGACAAGAAGAGCCGCGCCGCGGCAGUGUGGCCAUUGCAGAUGAUGCUGCUGAUACUCUCUCCCAAAGUCCUGGAGGAGAUCGUGAACGCCGACUCCGGGCCGCCAGGGUCACCUCGAUACUCGAAAAAGAAACAAUUCAUCGACAGUGUGAAGCGCAGCCUGAGAAUGCACGGCAGUUCCUCCAGCCGACAGCUGUCCGAGGCCGCGGCAGUUGCAUGCGUCAAGCUCACCAAAGCGGCCACAUAUGUCAACAACGCGGAAUCGAAAAAUAACGUCAUCCUGAUUUUGGUACAGCAAUUGAUGGACGAUCUAAUGACGCUUCUCUUCCAUCCUUCGAAACCAUUCUCCCGUGGGCAGAAUUACAACGCGCAGGAUGUCGAUCUGAUGAUUGACUCCUUUGUUAGCUCCUUCCGCAUUAAUCCGCGCAACAACGAGGUGUUUAAGUUUUGCCUGAAUGUCAACUAUCCGUCGACAUACCAGUUCGUCCUGGUCAGCUCGUUAUACAAAAUCUUCACGCAGCCAAGAUUGCCAUGGUGGCCAGAGAUCAGUCUUGUGUAUUCUUAUGGCACAGACCUCAGGAACAUGUUCACUGACACUCUGAACAAGGUUACGCAGAACUGCAUAUGGUACACACCACUACGCAUGAUUCAUAAUUUUGCUCUUAAACCUAAAGAGGAGAUGGCCAAUUCCAAGAAUCUAUUGUUGGUGAUGGUGCGGCUCAUUCAUGUGGAUCCCAUGUUAAUGCUGCAUAAUUACGGCACAGCUGGUCACGAAAUACAGAAAUCCACUUUAGAAUUGAUUAAUGGACUCGUCUCGUUAGUCCAUCAACCCACGAUGCCGGACAUUGCCCAUGAAGCAAUGGAGGCUCUGCUAGUGUUACAUCAUCCAGAUAAAGUCAAAGCGUGGAAUCCUGAAGCGCCGUUGGACACUUUCUGGGACAUCAGUUCGCAGGUCGUCUUCUCAAUCUCGCAGAAAUUGAUUCAGCAUCAAAUCUUUAAUUACACGAUUAUACGGAAUGCCUUUCUUUCUCAGUAUAAGGAUUAUGCAAAUGUGGGCAGCCAGAUAGCUAUUAGUAAACAGGCGCAUAUUAAACUCGAGGUCGUUUGUUUAACAUAUUUAUGGAGUAUAGACAUAGAAGCUGUUUUAGUAUCAAUGUCUUGUUUCGCAUUACUAUGUGAGGAAGCUGAAAUUCUUUGUGGCAGUGAUGAGGUAGCAGUGACUUGUCUACUUCCGAAUUAUCAGUUGUAUUUAGAAUUGGCGCAAGCUUCGACUGUAUUGAUCUCUGCCCACGGAGAGAGUAGGCUAUGUUAUCAGGAACAUAAUCACGGACGUGCUGCAUUACAAAAGAGAAUAUUAUCUUUAUUGAGAAAAAUAGAACAUUGCGUGAAUGGUAUACAACCUGCUUGGGAAGAGACAUUCAGAAAUUGGGAAGCGACCUCGCGGCAAUUGUCCAAUUAUCCCAAGACCAAGACUGAGGACGUGCAAGUCGAAUCAUUUUGUCGCAGCAACGUGAAACGAAGGGCAGCGCAUCAAAAUUCGGAGCAUGAAGUGGAGGAGCAAAUUAACGAGUGGGCCAAUAUGACAGGAUUUCUUUGCGCUUUGGGUGGAGUGUGCUUGCAAUGUAGUUCGCCGAAUAGACCGCCCUACGGUGUACUCCCUUUCAAUCUCGAGCCUAAAAAGAGCUCAACAAAACAACAGGAGACUAGCUCCGGUUUAACGAAUCCUAAUCAAGAAUCGCAAUAUUGCACAGUUACGCAAUUUGUAUUUAAUUUACUACGAUUAUUGAUUUGCAAUAACGAAAAACUUGGCAAUCAGAUACAGAAGCACGUGAAGGAAUUGGUCGCGCAUGAGAUGAGUCCUGCCUUGUAUCCAAUAUUGUUUGAUCAGAUUAAAAAUCUUGUCGAAAAGUUCUUUGACCAACGUGGACAAGUGAUAGUAUCAGAUUUGAAUACGCAGUUCAUCGAGCACACUAUAUUUAUAAUGAAAAACAUUCUGGACUCGAAGACGGAUCAACCAUCAGAAUAUCUUGGGAUGACCAGCAUCGAAGGCAUGAUGUUGGCAAUUGUUAGAUACGUCAGGCAUUUGGACAUGACAGUGCAUUCGAUUUGUAUCAAAACCAAAUUGUGUCAACUAGUCGAAGCCAUGAUGAAGAGACGGGAUGACCUGGCGUUUAGGCAAGAGUUGAAAUUUCGCAACAAACUGGUCGAAUAUUUGACCGAGUGGGUUAUGUGCGCCCCUCCUUUUUCCUCGACAAUUGCCAACGAUAUCACAGCCUAUACUAGGGAUUUGGAUCAAGCUUGCAUGGAAGCAGUAGGAGCUUUAUUGCGCGGACUACCCCUUCAGCCUGAAGAUUCUGAUCGUGUCGACUUGAUGGAAGCGAAGUCUGAAUUAUUCUCGAAAUAUUUCAUGCUCUUUAUGAAUUUAAUAAAUUACUGCAACGAACCAUCAUCAUCGGAGGAUAAGGAUGUCGUCUCUCGACAAUCGCCUACUUUAGCGACUAGCAAGUUAGCCACUUUACGCAACACUACCAUUCAAGCCAUGAGUAAUCUUCUCAGUGCAAAUAUAGACAGUGGUUUAAGGCACUCGAUACAUUUAGGUUACAACGCAGAUCUUCAAACGCGUGCCGCAUUUAUGGAAGUGUUGACUAAAAUACUUCAACAGGGAACGGAGUUUGAUACCCUUGCUGAAACUGUUCUAGCGGACAGAUAUGAACAAUUAGUUCAACUCGUUACAAUGAUCAGUGAUAAAGGUGAAUUACCUAUCGCCAUGGCAUUGGCUAACGUAGUGACGACGAAUCAAAUGGAUGAGCUGGCACGCGUUUUUGUGACACUAUUUGAUGCAAAGCACUUGUUGUCGCCUUUAUUAUGGAACAUGCUCUAUCGAGAGGUUGAGCUGACCGAUUGUAUACAGACUCUCUUUCGCGGUAAUACUCUGGGAAGUAAGAUUAUGUCGUUCUGUUUUAAAAUUUACGGCGCCAGCUAUUUGCAAGGCCUUCUCGAACCUCUCAUCAAACCUUUGCUAGACGAGCCAACAAUCAAUUUCGAAGUAGAUAGCGCGAGGAUUGAUCCCAGUGAAAAUAUCGAGCAAAACGGUAGCAACUUGAUUGCAUUGACACAAAAGGUGUUCGAUGCUAUAGUGUCGUCGGCAGAUAUGUUUCCUCCGCAGCUGCGCUCGAUGUGUCACUGCCUGUAUCAAGUAUUGUGCAAAAGAUUUCCGCAGUCACCGCAGAGCAACAUUGUGGCUGUGGGAACGGUGAUAUUUCUGCGUUUCAUCAAUCCUGCCAUCGUCUCGCCUCAAGAGACGGGUAUAGUAGAUAAGCCAGUACCGCCGCAAGUGAAACGAGGUCUCAUGCUUAUGUCGAAGAUACUGCAAAACAUCGCCAAUCACGUAGAGUUCAGCAAGGAACAACACAUGCUGCCGUUCAAUGACUUUCUACGUGCGCACUUUGAAAUCGGUCGACGAUUCAUCAUACAGAUAGCAUCGGAUUGCGAAACAGUUGAUCAGACCAGUCAUCCUAUGUCAUUUGUAUCGGAUGCCAAUGUCUUAGCCCUUCACAGGUUGUUGUGGAAUCAUCAGGAGAAAAUCGGAGAUUAUCUUAGCAGCAGUAGAGACCACAAAGCUGUCGGAAGAAGACCCUUUGACAAAAUGGCCACAUUAUUAGCAUACCUUGGUCCACCCGAACAUAAACCAGUGGAUUCGCAUUCGCUUUUUUCGUCUUCUUACGUUCGUAUGUCUCGAUGGGCAAGCAAAGACAUGUCCUCGACUAAUUUCGAGGAGAUCAUGAUGAAACAUAAUAUGCACGAAAGAGAGGACUUUAAGAGCAUCCAGAGUAUGAAUAUCUUUUACCAAGCAGGCACUAGCAAACAGAGUUAUCCAGUGUUUUACUAUAUUGCACGUCGAUUCAAACUCGGCGAAACAAACGGCGACUUGCUGAUAUAUCAUGUAAUCCUGACUCUAAAACCCUUCUAUCAUUCUCCAUAUGAUGUGGUCGUCGAUCUUACUCAUACGUGUUCGGAUAAUCGGUUUAGAACGGAGUUUUUGCAAAAAUGGUUCUAUGUUCUACCAGAAGCAGCCUACGAAAACCUUCACGCAGUAUAUAUUUACAAUUGUAAUACCUGGGUACGCGAAUACACAAAGUAUCACGACAGCAUCCUGGCGCCGUUGAAAGGUAAUCGAAAGAUAAUUUUUAUCGACGGUCAAGGAAAAUUGAACGACGCGAUCGACAUCGAACAACAGAAAUUACCUGGAGCAACAUUGUCUCUGGACGAAGAUUUGAAGGUUUUUACCGGUGUCUUGAAAUUAUCCCACAAGGAGAUGAAGGUAUCCGUGAAGCUCGGACCGACGACCUUGCAAAUAACUCACACGGACAGAUCUAAAGUGUUGUCGCAAUAUGUUCUCUUAAACGAUGUGUAUUACGCUUCUGAAAUAGAGGAGGUUUGCCUAUUGGACGACAAUCAAUUCACGCUAACUAUCUCCAACGAGGCGGGACCGUUGACUUUUGCCCACAACGAUUGCGAUAACAUCGUACAGGCUAUAAUCCACAUCAGAAAUCGUUGGGUGUUGUCACAACCCGACUCCAUGUCAGUUCAUUCGAAAAUCAGGCCUAAAGACGUACCGGGAACCUUGUUGAACAUGGCCUUAUUGAAUCUCGGUAGCCCGGACCCGAAUCUUCGGACUGCAGCCUACAAUCAUCUAUGCGCACUUACGGCGACGUUCGGCUUAAAAAUAGAAGGUCAACUGUUGGAGACGUCCGGUAUAUGCAUACCGUCGAACAAUACCAUAUUUAUCAAGCAUUUGAGCGAGACCUUGGCGGCGAAUGAUCCGCAUCUUACACUCGAAUUUCUGAAAGAGUGCAUGCAGGGCUUCAGGGAGUCGACUAUCGAACUAAAGCAUUUAUGUCUCGAAUAUAUGACGCCGUGGUUGAGCAAUCUCGUGCGAUUCUAUAAGCCGCACGACGAGGGCGGCAAGCGACAGAAGCAAGUCAUGGAAAUUCUCGAUGAUUUAAUCACGCUGACCGUGCAAGAGAUUGAAAUGUAUCCGAGCAUACAGGCCAAGAUUUGGAGCACGAUUGGCAUGCUGCCAGAACUGAUAGAUGUUGUCCUCGAUAUUUUUCUGCAACGUAGCGCGCGAUACGGCUUAGGCUCACCGAUGGCAGAGGUUAUGGCGGAUACUGCGGUCGCCUUGGCGUCCGGCAAUGUGCAGCUGGUAGCCAAGAAGUUAAUUAGCAAAGUAUGUCGAAUAGUAGACAAGACUUGCAUGUCGCCGACGUCUCAACUAGAACAACAUAUAAUGUGGAGUGACAUAGCGAUUCUCGCGAGGUAUCUCCUGAUGUUGUCCUUUAAUAAUUGUCUGGAUGUAGGGAAACACUUGCCGUAUAUCUUUCACACGGUGACGUUGCUUGUGUGUUCCGGCAGCUUGACUAUGCGAGCGUCGACUCAUGGUCUGGUGAUCAACAGUAUUCAUUCGUUGUGCACGUGUAGUUCGCCUUCAUUCUCCGAAGACACGCACAGGAUACUGCGGAUGAGCCUGGAUGAGUUUUCAUUACCCAAGUUUUAUCUGCUUUUUGGCAUUAGUAAAGUGAAAUCCGCCGCUGGUACGGCCUUCUACAAACAUCCAAAAUCUAGCUGCAAGCACGCAAAUGAAAAAUGGCUCAACACCGAGCGAAAUGUAUCUGGGACGCAGGACAAGGAGAGACUCUAUUUGACCAGCUUGGAAGUAAUAACCGACGCUCUUUUGGAAAUUAUGGAGGCUUGUAUGCGGGACAUUCCCAAAUGCGAUUGGUUAAAAACGUGGACCUUGUUGGCGAAAAACUUUGCCUUCUGCUUCAAUCCAGCUUUGCAGCCGAGGGCGCUCAUCGUUUUCGGCUGUAUCAGCAAGAGUAUAACGGAUCAGGAUAUGUGGCAGCUAUUGAAGAUACUAGUGAAGGCGCUCGAGAGUUUUAAUGAUAUCAAUCUUAUGGAGGCCAUCGUUAUGUGCUUGACGCGAUUGCAACCUCUUCUGAAACCCAAAUCGCCAAUACAUAGGUACUUGUUCUGGAUCGCUACGUCCGUUCUCGAGUUGGACGAAGCAUCGUUAUAUGCAUCCGGCCUGGCUCUUCUCGAACAGAAUCUACACACGCUCGACUCACAGGGCACUUUCGAUGAGAAGACAUUGGAACACGUGAUGAUGUCGACACGCGAACCUCUGGAAUGCCAGUUCAAGCAAUUGGAUCACACCGUGGGCCUAUCCUUUAAAUCUAAUUUUCAUUUCGCGCUGGUCGGUCAUCUUCUGAAGGGCUACAGGCAUCCCACACCGACCACGGUUACCAGAACGGUCAGAGUGUUGACUAUGUUGCUGGCGAUCGUGGCGAAACCCUCGAAAAGGGAUAAAUUCGAGGUGACGCCUGAAAGCGUUCCUUACUUGACCGCAUUGGUAGCUGUAUCGGAGGAGGUGCGUAGUAGAUGUCAUAUUCGACAUUCGCUCGAUAAAAAUCUACACGAUUCAUCAGGCAGUUCGGAUAUUCUCGAUACCUUACCAUCGCGCAGUGCGGAUAUGUCCGGAGCGCCCAAUCCUACAAGUAGAAGACAAAAGACUUGGGACUUGCUGGAUCAAUCGGCGCUUACUCAAGCGAGACAACAGAAACAACAAUCCGCGCAGACUGGCCGGCUUUUAUUUAAAUCGCAGCGAUCCUUGAGCGUACCGAACGCAAAGGACGACAAGCCGACGGACGAUGCGGAACAGCAGAAAGAUCGUAGCACUAGAGUGAGCCUGAGCAACGAAAAUAACGUCUUACUCGAUCCGGAAGUGUUGACCGAUUUUUCGACGCAGACUCUGGUUUUGACCAUGUUGGCCACUCUAGUAAAACACUCCACUAACGAGAAUGAAACGCGUAUCCUGUACGAGUAUCUGGCGGAAGCCACUAUGGUUUUCCCAAAAGUCUUUCCAGUUGUACACAACUUGCUCGACGCAAAGAUCAACAGCGUAUUGUCCUCUUGUCAUGACCAAGCGAUAUUGAACGCGGUUCAAACUAUCAUACAGAACAUGAUAGCCAGCGAAGAUACGAGCCAGCAACAUCACCUGCAACAUUAUUUGCAAAGCUGCGGUUUCCGCGGUCUUUGGAGGUUCGCGGGACCUUACACGAACUCCAGCUGUACGCCCGAGAGUGCCGAAUUGUUUGUGAAUUGUCUAGAGGCGAUGGUAGAAAUGUGUCUGGCGGCGCAAGAACCAAAUAAAGAGACAGCUAUAGGCAAAGGUAAACGCCAAUCGGACUCUGCGUUGAAGCCAAGGCCGUCUACCGCCGGACUUAUCCAAGAACAUUAUCGUACGUCAUCAGAGAUCGACGCUUCCUCCGUUCACGUAGAUCAUAGUACAGAUGGCAGACGAGAUGACUCGAUGGAUGCUGGUCAAACGGAGGAUACGGGUGACGGUUCGCAGCCUUAGCAAUUACUUUGCGAUACUGGUAGACAAUGCCAGAAAGGUGCGCGUAAGAGGCAAAGUAAUCGAAAAUUGCAACGGCAAACGAGAACCUCGCAGACUUUCGUCCCGUGUUAUUGCUGCAACAUGUCCAGUCAGUUUAGUACAAUGCCGUCCACAUCGCGAUAACGAGCCUACCGGAAAUGGAAAUCAACGAAAGCUACACUCUCGUAGAACGUUGUUUUAUUUCUUUAUCAGCUUCCUAUGUGUAUCGAUAACUUUGCAUUAUUUUCUUAAUCUAUCUGUCAGUUGCGCGAGUUUGCUAUUUUUGGCAAUCUUGCUACGAGAUUUAAAUAUGCAUUAUUGCAUUAUAUGUUAUCAACGCUUUUACACAACGAAAUUGUACGGAAACUCGCGUUGCGAGAUAUACAUCGUAAGAUUCGAUUUCAGCGAUUCAAGAUACGUAGCGUUUGACGUUUCGUCGUGAUUAAGCAAUCGUAUUCAUCGUCACAUAUUAUUUCUUCAUACCGCAAGAAAUAAUUUACAGUCGGUUUCCUCGGAAAAGAUUCAUCGAAUCAGCAACGAGCAUUGUAUACGUUCGAUAUUUUCUCGCAAUUACGCGCAUAAUAAUAAUUUAGCGACUGAUAUUAAUUCUCUGCCAUACAAGUCGCAAUAUAAUGCAUAUACAAAACUAUCGAAAUUGGUUCAUAGAAAACCAUGAGAAAUCGAUAAAAUUUUAUGAUA